AUGUCGCGCAUCUCGUCGAUGGCCCGCUUUCGAAGGGCUGUCGCUGAGACAGAAGACGCCGAUAACGGUCGAAAAGAAGCCAUCAAGGAGCACCAACUAGACCUAAUAGACCCACUAAGGCGAAGGUCACGAUCUGGCUCACGACUCUUGGAUACGAUACAAAGUCAGCUGGCCAGGCGGACCAGCAUCUUUACGAGAAUUGUCAUAAACGGGGUAAAAAGCAAUGUAAACAGUGGAUAUGGAAUGGCAGAGACUGUAAAUGCUUUAUUUGUUUGAAAUUUUUGAGUUUUUUGCGCCAAAUAUGCCCUUUUAUAACCAAAAACAUGCCUUGGAAAGAAAGUUUUUGCCGUUUUUUGCUCUUUUUUGGUCUUGUAAACAAAGUUUUUGCACUUUUUUAAAUUCAUAUUAAAAUUGAAUGUAUUCCAGACCUAUUCUACUAGAUACUUCAAUAUUAUGACAUGUUAUAACAAAAUUACGGCUUUUUUUAAAAGUGGAAGUUGAGUGAAAGAUUUGUAAUGUAUUUUGCACUAAAAAUCUUCCACUAAAUUUCCAUUUUUAAAAUGUCUUAAAAUAGCUUAAAAACACGGUUUUAAGCUUUUUUAGGAGUGGAAGUUUGGUGGAAGAUUUGUAAUUUAUUUUGCACUGAAAAUCUUCCACUCAACUUCCAUUUUUUAAAAGGGUCAUAAUUUUUGUUAAUGGAUAGUAUAUGACAGAAAUUUUGAUUGAAAGGCAUAGAAAUGACAAGAACUUUCUUUACAAACUAAAAAAUGGCAAGAACUUUUUUACAAGCCAGAAAAUUGCAAGAACUUUCUUUACAAGCCAGACAAUGGCAGUAAUUUUCUUUACAAAACGAAAAAUGACAAAAACUUUGUUUCCAGUCACUCAAAAAGUUUUAUUUACUCUUCUUUUUUCAAACUUUUUCAACUAAUUCGAUUUAAAUCUUCAAAAACCCGACGAGUUUCAAUUUCUUUGCGGAAUGAUGUUGAGAGGCUAAAAAUAUACUCAAAUCCUAGUUAAAAUAAGGCUUUAUUAAGGAAGGUUUUGGUUUUUAAGGGCAAAUUUUGAGGUUUUGAAGGGGAGGGUGGGUAAAAAUUUGAAAAACUUUGUCAUUUUUUGAAAUUCUCUUGAUUUUUUAAAUGUUUUUUAGUUAAAAAAAAAGGGUGGCAAAAGCUGUAAUAUGGGUAAAAAUGGGUAGAAUUUUGGGGAAAAUUCAUGGAUUUUUCAUUUAAAAACUGAAAUUUCAAAAAAAUUAAAAAUUUUUAAAAAAUGAAACAAAUUUUUCUUUUAAUUUUGUGGUUUAGGACAGAAUGCCAAUGAAAUUGAAUGGGCGAAUUGGUUUUUUAAAAUGGCAUAUUUAGGUUUUUUCAGCAUUUUAAUUUUUUAAGUUUUUCAUCAAGGUUAUAGGCUUAAAAAAUUUUUUUUAUUUUUUAGAUUUUAUGUUUAAAUAUAAUUAAAAAUGGCAUUUUAGGCUUCUUAUUUUAAUAGCCAUAGGGUUUGGACUUAAAUAAUUUUUUUUUAAUUUUCAAAAUUUUUAAAAAAAUUAUUUUUUGGAAAUUUUGAAAUUUUUUGGUUAAAGAGACCAAAAACGGCGUUUUUUUUUAGCCAAAAUAUGCCAUUUUAGGGCCUAAAAUUUUUUUUUUGGAAUUUAAAAAAUUCAAAAAAAAUUUUUUUUCAGAUUUAAAACUGCAAAAAAAAAUACAUUUCUAAGUUUUUUAGUUGUUAAAAAUGACGUUUUUAGUCAAGAAAAUUUUUUUAAUUUUUAAAAUACUAAAUUUCAAAAAAUUUUUUUUUUUUAAAUUUUUUUUUAAAAAACUUUUAAAAUUUAACUUCCAGGUCUUCGAGCACACGUCAUCAUACGACGAAUCCAUCAGCGGUUAUAUGCGACGCCAGUUCGGCGACAAUGGCGAACGCUUCAUUCCGCUGCGCUACGGCUCGAACCCGCAUCAGAAGGGGGACGCCCAGUUGUAUUCGCUGCAGCAGGACAUGCCUAUUAAAGGUUGGUUUUGUGAAAUGCUUUAAAAUGGCAAGAACUUUCUUUACAGAAGAAAAAUGGCAAGAACUUUCUUUACAGAAGAAAAAUGGCAAGAACUUUCUUUACAGAAGAAAAAUGGCAAGAACUUUCUUUACAAAACAAAAAAUGGCAAGAACUUUCUUUACAAAACAGAAAAUGGCAAGAACUUUCUUUACAAAACAGAAAAUGGCAAGAACUUUCUUUACAAAACAAAAAAUGGCAAGAACUUUCUUUACAAAACAGAAAAUGGCAAGAACUUUCUUUACAAAACAAAAAAUGGCAAGAACUUUCUUUACAAAACAGAAAAUGGCAAGUACUUUCUUUACAAAUCAAGAAAUGGCAAGAACUUUUUUUCCAUUUCUUUCAGUCUAGCUUUUUUUUGCUUCCGAGCGUAUUUUACGUAGUAAUGACGAAAUUAAAUUUUACACUUCAAUAAAAUUCGCAAAAAAAGGUUUGAAAUUGGGACUGAAGAGUUUAACGGCCUUGAGGGCAAAUUUGCAUACGUUCUUUGGUUUUCUUAUAUGGAACGAUGUGCCACUAUUGAUUAUUGAUUUUUUUUUGGUUAAUGCAAGGUUUGUUAACUAAAAAAAGAUUUUUUUUAGUAAAAUACGGGUUGCUUCAAUUUUAAUAAAUAGCCUAGUCUGUAGGAGACCUUGUAUAAUCCUUGUUUAUAUGGCUUUUAAUGUCAUUUUUAAAUCGACCCAAUAGAAAAAAAUGUCGAAACAAUUUGAUGUAGUGGUAGUAAACUAAAUUUUUUAUGAUAUAGACAAUUAAUUUUUAUUUUUUUUUUGAAAUUUAACGAAGAUAUGACAAUUUAAAAAAGUGGAAGUUGAAUGGAAGAAAUUUAAUGCAAAUUACACUGAAAAUCUUCCACUUAACUUCUAUUUUCAAAAAGUCUUAAAAUGAACUAAAAACAUCAUUUUGAAGGUUUUUAGAAGUGGAAGUUGAGUGGAAGAUUUCCAGUGCAAAAUACAUUACAAAUCUUCCACUCAUCUUCCACUUUUUCAAAAGUUUGUUUUUUGGUCUGUAAACAAAGUUUUUGGUUUUAAACACAUUUGAUGGUAAAAUACGACGUGGUUGUUGACGUUGUGACCAUAUGAUAACAAUAUUUUCGGUAUAUACAACCUAAAAUGACCUAAUUUCAGUGUUAAAUGGCGCACCCGGGUACAUUAACAUACUGGACGGACUGAACGCAUGGCAGCUGGUCAGCGAGCUGGCCGUAGCCACUCAAAUGCCAUCGGCCGCUUCCUUCAAACACGUUUCGCCGGCUGGAGCGGCGGUGGGGUUACCGUUGAGUGACGCCGAAGCCAGAGCCUUCUUCGUCAACGAUCUUGGCCUAGACAACAAGAAUCCGUCGCUAGCCGCUGCUUAUGCUAGAGCUAGAGGUUGGUUUAGAAAUUUUUGGGCUUAUAUUAACUUGGUUAUGGUACUAACAUCUUUUUUACUAAUGUUUCAAGCUAGUUUAUACCAUUUUUGGAGCGUUAAAAAUGUGGAAAUUGAGUGGAAUAUUUGUAAUGUAUUUUGCACUGAAAAUCUUCCACUAAACUUUCAUUUUUAAAAAGUCUUAAAAUGGUCGAAAAACGCGUUUUUGGCACUUUUUAGGAGUGGAAGUUGGGUGGAAGAUUUUCAGUGCAAAUUACAUUACAAAUCUUCCACCAAACUUUCACUUCUAAAAAUUGCCAAAAACUCGUUUUUAGGUCAUUUUAAGACUUUUUAAAAUGGAAGUUGAGUGGAAGAUUCUUAGUGCAAAAUACAUUGAAAAUCUUCCACCCAACUUCCACUUAAAAUUUUGAUUGUUUUAGGGGUUUUAAUCUAUUUUUAGUCUUUCUAUUUUGUAAAAUACGUCCCUUUUUAUCCUUUAUUUUUUACGUUUUUUUACGUUUCCUUCUUCUGUAAAGAAAGUUCUAACGCUUUAGAGCAGUUCUGGAUAAUGUGUCGAAGGCAGGACAUAAAAAUGGCCAAGAUUUUGGGUAUGAAAGCCGAGUGAUAACACACACACAAUGUUGUUAGGUGAAAUCACGACGCUUUGGCAAAACACUUUUGGUACUGUUUUUUUAGUUAUGGUACUAUAUUGUACUAGUACUAUAUAGUACGAGGUGUCGGUUUUAUACUUUGUUGUACUUGUAUUAUAUUGUACUAGUACUAUAUAGUGAUAGGAGUUGUUUUAGUACUAUAUUUUACUCGUACUAUAUUGUACUGAUACUAUAUUGUACUAGUACUAGAUAGUACAAAUUUUGUUCUUUCUAUUGUAUUUUGCUGAUACUAUAUUGUACUGGUACUAUAUAGUACUAGGUGUUGGUUUUAUGCUAUAUUGUACUCGUACUAUACUGUACUGUUACUAUAUAGUAUGAGGUGUUGGUUUAGUUGUUCUUUUUCUCAUUUUAGGCUUUUUUAGAUUUUUAGGUUUAUUUUUGCAUGUUAGGCUUACUUUUGAUUUUUUAGGCUUAAAUUGAAUUCUUAGGCUUAUUUUUGGUUUUUUUAGGCUUAGUGUUUUUGCUUGAUUUUAUAGGCUUAUAUUUUGAAGCUUUAGGCUUUUUUUUGAAUUUUUAGGCUUACGCUGAAACUUAUAGGCUGCCUUUUGAAUUUUAAGCUUAUUUUGUAAAUUUUUUUAGGCUUAUGUACUUGACUGCCACAGAAUAUCAUCCAAAAAUGCCAUUUUCUAACUAAUUUUUCAAUUUUAGGGGCCGAUCGCAUGUCCUCAUUCGGCGAUUUCGUCGCGUUAUCCGACAAAUGCGACGAAAUGACGGCGAAAAUCAUUUCGCGCGAAGUCUCGGACGGAGUUAUCGCGCCCGGCUUCGACGACGCCGCGCUGGACUUGUUAGCCAAAAAGAAGGGUGGCAACUACACCAUACUCAAGAUCGACCCCAGGUACUUGCCUGGCGAAGACGAAAUUCGAACUGUAUUCGGUUUGAAAUUGAAACAAAAGCGAAACGCCGCUCUUAUCGCGCCCGAAACCUUCGCGAACGUGGUGUCGGAGAACAAAUCGGUGGGUCUUUAAGGAGAUUGGAAAGAAAGUUAUUGCGGUUUUGGUAUUUUUAGGUAGAGAAUUUCAUGGGGAAGAUAACUGUAAAAGAAAAUUUUUAAAUUGGGCAGCUGGAAAGAAAGUUAUUGCGGUUUUAUGGAAAAUGAUAGCUUUUACUCUGUUUAUGUCGGGGUCACCGCGGCUUUUUUAACUUUUUUUAAAACGUUUUGUAAAGAAAGUUAUUGCGGUUUCGGGGUUUUUAGAUAGAGAAUUUCAUGGGCAUGGUAAUUUCAAAAGAAAUUUUUUUUAAUUAGGCGGCUGGAAAGAAAGUUAUUGCGGUUUUAAGGAAAAUAAUAGUUUUCUCUAGGUUUAUAUUGGAGUUUCGAAGGCAUUUUAAAAUUUUUUGUAAACAAAGUUCUUGCGGUUUUGGUGUUUUAAGAUAGAGAAUUUCAUGGGCAUGGUAAUUUCAAAAGAAAUUUUUUUAAUUAGGCGUCUGGAAAGAAAGUUAUUUUAAAAAAUUUAAAAAAGUUAUUUUCAGCUCCCAAAAUCAGCUGUCGAUGACCUGCUGGUAGCCACAAUUGCUGUCAAGUACACCCAGUCCAAUUCUGUCUGUUUCGCUUAUCGCGGCCAAGUGAUCGGAAUUGGGGCCGGCCAACAGAGCAGAAUCCAUUGCACUCGAUUGGCUGGAGAAAAGGCCGCUAACUGGUAG